CAUUAACACGGCAACUCCCUUCGUCGCAUUUUCUGCUACCUCUAUAAAUAUAGCAAAUACUAAAACAAAAGCAUAACAAGAAAAGUAGUAUAUUUGAAUUAGAAUUAAGAGAAAAAGAGAACACAACAAUGGUGGAAAUUAUUUCACCAGGAUUUAGAUUUUAUCCAACAGAAGAAGAGUUAAUAUCUUUUUAUUUGCAUAACAAGCUUGAAGGGAAAAGGCCAGAGCUUGAUAGAGUAAUCCCAGUUGUUAAUAUUUAUGAUCUUGAUCCUUGGCAUCUUCCAAACUUUCCUGGGGAAUUAUGCAUGGGAGAUACAGAGCAAUGGUUUUUCCUUGUGCCAAGGCAAGAAAGAGAAGCAAGAGGAGGGAGGCCUUGUAGGACUACUACUUCUGGUUAUUGGAAAGCAACUGGUUCUCCAAUGUAUGUUUAUUCAUCAGAGAGUAAAGUUAUUGGAGUGAAGAAAAGUAUGGUAUUUUAUAAAGGAAAAGCACCUACUGGGAAAAAAACUAAGUGGAAGAUGAAUGAAUACAGAGCUAUUGAAGAAGAAACCUCCACCUCUUCAAGUUUUUCUAUUCCUAAGUUAAGGCAUGAAAUGAGUUUAUGCCGAGUUUACGUCAUAUCCGGAAGCUGUCGAGCAUUCGAUCGACGACCAGUGGCACCAGUGACAACAAGGGAACCAGCAAAAACAGUUAUAAAUCAAGAAUCAGCUGCAAUUUCUGUGAAAAAUGCCAGCAAAAUGGAGGCAGUAAGUUCCCCUGAUGAAAGCCUGGCUAUGGAAGAACAAGAGUAUCUUAAUCUUCAUGAUGAUCAAGUCCCCAUUAUUAAUGAAGCAAUUUGCAUCAAUUCCCACAACAAGAGGGUUAAAACUGAUCCUUAUGAGCCUCUUAGUGGUUGGGAACAAUUUAAUUGGAUGUAAAAAUUUUGAUAUCCAUUUUUGGGUCCUGACUAAUCUAGAUACGCGCCGUGUGAAAUUCAUUAAAAGGAGAAUCACCCUUUAUGAGAAAAAAACUUCAUUUCCAAGAUUGAACCCGAGACUUCUGAGUAGAGGAAUUAUGUCCUUCCCAACAUAGUUAUUGAUGGUAAAAUUAAUUUGUACUUCAUCUUCAUCUAAGAAGGGUUAGGAUAGAUUUUUUAUUUUAUUUUAAAGUUAGGAUGGUUUCCUUGUGAAAUCAAACAUGUGACUGUAAUAUUUAAUAGCUUGAAUGUUAAAUAAUUUGUAAGUAUUGAAAGUUAUCAUUCUUUUUUAAA